GUACGAUUGCGCUUCUCUGUCCUAUAUCAUAUCUGACUCGCUAGAUGCUGAUAAAGUCCGGUGAGAGAGUACAAAGCUCGUGAACGCUUGUCACCAUCCAGCGAGAUCUGUUGACAAUCAUCGACAUGGCUCCCGCUGGGUACGAGCUACUCUCUAAAAGCGACUCAGAACACGAUGGGCUUGUACAGCCCGCCAUUGGUUCUCGGAGCCGUCGUCAACGUCAAUCCUCUAAGGGGUGCUUCAGUACUGUCCGCAAUCUUCUACUGAUUCUUGCUCUAUUGGUUGGAACUGCGUUUGGCUUUGUGGUGAUCGCGUACCUUCUCCAGUCCAAGCUCGUUCGCGUCGAGGACGGCAGCGCAUCAUCGCAGGACUCAGUGCCUGGAUCUGGAGAUGUAUUUGAAGAGCCACUCCAGAGAUGUCCUUCUAAUCUCCCUCUACCGGCCAAACCGCCAGCACCUACUAAUCCAUUUGCGUCGUUGACCAUCCCGGAAACGGUCGCGAUUCACGACUGGGUCUCGUCGCCCGCGCUCAAUCUCAACCUUACCGCCGGGGACAAGGCGUUCAUCUCGGACAACUACAUCUACCGCAUCGAAGCCUAUCGUCCGCCAAAGAAGGAUGCAGUCGCAUACCUCGACAACCCCGAGCAGUCUAGUCCCCCGGAGAAGUACGCGCACGUCGUCAUCCAUCACGGCUCAGCCAGCGAGCCGUACGUUCAAGACUACCUCGUUGGACCAAUCCCCAUCUCCGAGAAGACGGCGAUGCGGAAGCUCACAGAGGUCUACCACCGCGACCCCAUCCCGUACAGUGCCCGCGGUUUCACCACUAUGAACGAAAUUGCUCCUCUGCUGCUCAAAAUUAUGCCGCCCCUCGCUGAGGCAACUCAGGACCUCUUUGGCGGAGUAGUACGCGGACUCCCGAACGACACCAUCGUGGGUGGCAUGGCCGCGCCCUUCAGCUUUGACGGCUCUUUCCGCCGCGGGUGGAUCAGCUGGCGCCGCAACGUCCCUGGACCGUGGCUGCACCCUGUCAACUUCUUCAUGUAUGUCGAUACCACUGGGACCGACCCGGAGCAGUGGAAGCUUCUCAAGCUCGUGUACAACCAUCAGGUGUUCAACACCACAGACGAUUUCUUGGCUGCGUACCGGAACGGGACGCUGAAGCGUCUCCCAGAUCGCCCUGAUCAGGACCCGUCGAGCGUGGACUGGAGCACGCGCAAGCGGCCCCAACCGCACUCUCUGCGCGACCUUGAUGAUCUUCCGGGGCCCCGCUCGGUCUCGUUUGGGGGUGUCAGAUUCCGUGUGGAUCGCGCGCUGCAGUAUGUGAGCUGGAUGGGUUGGGGCAUGUACUUCGGCUUCGACAGGGAUAUGGGUCUCAGCUUGUGGGACCUCCGCUUCAAGGGAGAGAGGAUCAUCUAUGAACUCGCGCCACAAGAAGCUAUGGCGCAGUACGCUGGAAACGACCCCAUGCAGAGCACAACAGCCUGGUUGGACAGAUACUUUGGAAUGGGUUCAGCGGUUCGCGAUAUGAUGCCUGGCUACGACUGCCCACAUGAAGCCGUCUACCUUCCGGCCACCACAUACAACUACGAGGGAAGCAUCACCAGGGAACGCGCGAUCUGCAUUUUUGAGCACGAUCCCGGCCGCCCGAUCACUCGCCACACGGGCUACGCUGCAGGCGAAAUGGGUGCGACGCUCGGAUACCAGCUGAUCGUGCGAAGCGUCUCGACAGUCGGAAACUACGAUUACUUGUUCGAUUACAUUUUCCAGAUAGACGGCACAGUCGAGGUCCGCCUUUCCGCUUCCGGCUACUUGCAAGGUGGCUACUGGGAGCCGUCGCAGGAGGGGUACGGUACCGCUAUCCGGGACUCGACGAUGGGGUCUCUCCAUGACCACGUCAUCAACUACAAGGUCGACCUCGAUGUCGCAGGGACGGAAAACUCUCUCCUGUUCACGCAUACUGCGACGGAGAAGAUCACUCAGCCGUGGCUCGACGACGACUGGGGACAAGAAGUCAUCCAGCAGAAGAUCUCCAAGACGUACAUCGAGAACGAGGACGACGCGCUGCUCAAGUACCCGGCCAACUUCCAGGGAGGGUAUUCUCUCGUGAACAGAGAGUCGCUGAACCGAUGGGGCGUCCCGCGUGGCUACGCCAUUCACGCCGGGUACUCCCCAAUACACAACACCGUCGUCGGCUCCAAGCGUCUCCUGAACAACGCCAACUGGGCGCGCUACAACCUGGCCGUCUCGAAGCGCAAGGACACCGAGCCGACCUCGAGCUCACAGUGGAACCUGCACCUCCCGGGCGCACCCAUGGUCGACUUCCACAAGUUCUUCGACGGCGAGAACCUCACCCAGACGGACCUCGUCGCGUGGGUCAACGUCGGCACGCACCACCUCCCGCAGGCGGAGGACUCGCCGAACACGCGCACGAACCUCGCCGCGUCGAGCUUCUUCCUCACGCCGCUCAACUACUUCGACUACGACGUCUCCAUCGACUCGCGCAACGCGAUCCUGCUCUCUGCGCCCGAGAAGCCGGGCGCGCCGUGGGCGUUCGACGACUAUGGGGUGCGGCAGGCGCACUGCGUGCCGCCCCCGGUGGCGCCGUUCGAGUACAGGGGCGUGAGUGCGUUCGGGCUGGACGGGGCGCCGGCACCGGCGCAGACGGCGGAGGAGAUGCGCAAGAGCGCGGAGCUGUUCCAUCGCAUCAAGGUUGAGCUAUGAUUUCGGGCGUCCCACGCGAAGGAAGAGAUAGAGAUCGAUGAAUACAAAUACAUGCAAUGUUGUUGACAUCUGUCCUCGUGCCCACCGGGUGCGCGUAUCUGCAUAGAAGUAAUGAGGGCCGAGUCUCCUCCAGAUAAGUAGGCUGAUGGGGUAUAAAGCUGCUGCUGUGUCUGCUAUUAAUGUCGCGUAACAGCUCAUGGCUGAGAUCUGGACGUAUAUGUUUGGCCGAGGGAUCGCAUGUAUGCAUGGCGCUAUAGUGUAGUGGUUAUCACUUGGGAUUCUGAUACGAGUCUUCCCAAAACCCAGGUUCGAGCCCUGGUAGCGCCUCUUGGUAUGCCAGGAAACGGUUUUGGUCGAGGGCUUGUUGUGCAGUGUGCACCGCUCAGUCGAGACUCAGAUCCACCGGACGCUCGCGAGAAGGCGCCAGCCAUGUCUACCUUUUUGCGAACGCUCGCAUAUCGUUCGCACACGGACGUCAUCCAUCCAGGACAGAGCGAGCGAUGGGGAAUGCGAUGCGUUGUGGUGCGUGUGGAGGCUUAUUAUACAAAUGGACGAGCACAUAGUCCGGACUACCAAGGGAUGCUUGUGCGCACACUUCGACGCUUAAGGCGGGGAGGGGCACGAUGACAUGCAGGCGGCGAGGUGUACAGGUCCCUCGGCCCGCAGGGCACACAGCUGUGGCGCGUAAAGCAGGAAAGGCGGGCACCACCGAGUACUGCCCGACCAUGAAGAUGAACAUGAAAGGAUCAGUCGGGGAGCAGAUUUGUGAGAUAGCGGGGGGAGGAGAGGGCAGAGGUAGGGGUGGUUUAAGAGAGGAGCACGAAGGCCGACGCGGGAGGAGAGAACCAAACGGCGUCGACUUGCAGUCCAUGUGCGGACGACCGCGCUCCUCGUUCGUCGCGAUAGGGGGCAGGGCGGACGGAAGUACUCCUCGAGAUAUGGUGGGACAGCAUCGGGGUCGAUCGAAAACAAAAUGGCGUGGAUAGGCAUGACGGGUCGUAAACAGCGAGGAGCGUAGUAGGUGUGCCGACGGGACGCAUGGGAGCGAUGCCGAGGACAACGGUCGUUCAUGGCGGAGGACAGAGGACAGGACGGGUGAAGAGAGGGAGGGCGGGUAAGAGGAAGACGAGGAGCACGACGAACACGAAGGAGCGCGUCCGUUCCAGAACAUGCGAAUUAUGGGGCCAGAGCGGGCGGCGGCACCCGACCACAGGGCCAGGUCGGGCGCGGCCGGGCGAGUGCCCCGAGUGGGUAUAGCGUAUGCUAGAGGUGGCCGGAGAAGAAGCGAAAGUUAAGCAGCAGACGGAGGGAGACCGGCGGUAGCAGCGUGGUCGGUAUGCGGACGGGAACGUCGAUGGGCGAGAUACGGGAUGUCGGUGCGAGAUGAUGCAUGCCAGCCCGCGGGAAACGGCUUGGCGAAAGGAGGACGCCCGCGGGAGGGUCCAGCUGCAGGGCCGAGGAAGAGCAGGCGCGAGAUCAGCACCUCGCGCAGAGACUGCGAGAAACCGACAUGAGCGCGGGCGCGCGUGCCUGCCCGGCUUGCACGACGCAGUCAUCAGCAGAUGACGCAUGACGAGCAGCACCCCGCCUGGUCCUCCGCAUCCCCCGGGGCCGCGCCCGACGACGCGUUCGCGCCUCUCCGCUUCUUCUUCGGCACGUCCUCUGCCUGCGGGGCGUAUGCGCGGAUCGAGAGGUGCACGAUCGUCGAGGCGGGCGCGGAUGAGGGGACGGACGUCGGGAACGACACUUUGUCGAGCGAGUCUUCGUCCUGCAGGAUUUUCCCGAGAUAUAAUAUGCGCAGGUAUGAGGGCGCGGGCGGCCGCUCGUCCUGCCAAUCUGCGGCAGCGGACACGGUUUUGGAUCAGCACCCCAUGCUUAGAUUGGCGGCAAGCAAGAGAGAGGGGGGAUAGAAAGCGUCGGCGGCAUUGCAGCGCCCUUCCCACGCAAGCGUAUGCCCGGAAGCUCUCAUGGAGCGAGCAUGCUCGCGCGACCGCUGCGCGUGGAGCGAAGAAAACGCAAAAAAACCUGACGACUCACCGUUCGGCCACGCGUUCCAUACGAGCUCCUUCACCCGCCCCACGGUCGUCUCCGGCUCGAACGACAUCGUCCGCCUCCGCCCGCUGACGAGCAGGAACGUCAGCGACACCUGCGGCGUCUGCGGGAUUGCCGGCUCCUCUCGCGCGCCCUCUCCGCCCUCCUCGCCUAUCCGUCCAUCCUGCCGUCCGUUUUCCUCGUCGCCAUCGUCGUCGUCGUCGUCAUCGUCGUGGGCAUCGACACCCACGAAGUCCCCGCGGGGCGUGUUAGCGCCGGAGAAAUCAACGCGAGUGUAGGAUGUGCGCGCAGAGGGGCAGAGGGGCGAGAACGUCGCCUGGGCCGCCUGCAGCGCGAGUGCGUUCUCGAUGGACGCCGGCCGGGGCAGACGGGCGUGGACGGUCGCGGGGGUGUGUGUGGGGUCGAGGCUGGUCUGCGCCAUCGCGGGCCCGCUUGAGGCUGAGGGAUCGCUCAUCGUGAGGUUGGGGCCUGGGGCGGGAGAUGAUGGGUGCGUGCGUGUGCGUGGUGGUGGUGGUGGUGGAAGGGGUGGGCGAGAGGGAGGUGCCGGUGGGAAGGAAGACGGGCGAAGGGCGGGACGUGUGGUGGUAUAUAUGGGACGGGCAAUUAAACGAGAACGUGGGAGUGGGUUCGCGUACGCAGACGUGGGGCGCGCGGAUCAGCGAGAAGGCGGACGGUUCGGUAGGAUCGGAGGCUGUAGAGACGGACUGUAUGUAUGCGCCUGUGAUCGCACUCGCGAACGACGAGCAGCGUGUGGCGGACUGGGCCUGUGGCGGACUGGGCCUGUGGCUGCUUGUGUGGGGGAGGUCGUGUGAGCUUUUACCCCGGUUUCGGCAAUCUAGGCUGUAUUGGCCGGGGGACGUUUGCUUGGCUGGUUGCAGUUGCAAGGGUAGCGG